CCCGGAAGCACACCAGUGUUAUUAUGCUAACGGUGUGUCAUCAACACAACAGCACUCGGGUGGGAAUUGCAAACGUUGGGAGAUAUAAGAGUCCUAGAUCCAUAUUAAUGUUUUUGUAGGGGACAUUUGAAGUCAAGUAAGAAAUAGUUUCUCUGUGAACAGGCUGUCAUAAAGUUAACUGGAUAGCAGGACUUGCAAACGGACUCAAACUACUAAGCUACGUUGAUCUCCCACAGCUGGACUGUUAGCAAGCAGGCUAACUGGCUGAUUCCCUCUGCUUGAGUCCUGACGGGACGUGAGGGAGAUGUCCUGCAGCUUAUUGGAGUUUUGUCGGCUCCAAGAGCUCAAAACGGUCAGGGACUACUUGUUCCAGAGCAAGAAGACCGAACCAAUAGUGGAGAAUAAUCAAACAGAAAAUGAGCUGUCCUGGGACACCUCCGAUUGGGAGUCAGCGUGGGAUAGUGGUGACAACAAGGAAGAGGAGGCCACUUCUUCCACAACCGUGGAGGAGGAGACCACAGGGCAGAGUGGACCCUGGCUGCAGGACUGCGUAGUGUCGCUGUCGCCUUGCUCUGACCUGCUAGUCGUAGCCCGUGAACAGAAGGCUGUCUUUCUCUCAGCAAAGUGGCGUUCAGAUGACAGUGGCAGAGAGGAGAUGACCCUGGCUGUGUCUUGGACUGGAACCCUCAGCGCCGACGAAGGAGAGUGUGUGAGCAGCACCAUCUGUAUACCACUGGCAAGUCAGAAGAGGAGCUCCACAGGGCGGCCUGACUGGACAUGUAUAGUAGUGGGUUUCAGCUCUGGAUAUGUCCGCUUCUACACAGAGAAUGGGGUUCUGCUCCUGGCCCAGCUGCUGCAUGAGGACCCUGUACUGAGGCUCAAGUGUCGCACAUACGAGAUUCCUCGUCAUCCUGGAAUAACCGAGCAGCAUGAAGAAUUAAGUAUCCUUUACCCUGCUGCUCUGGUCACCGUCGAUGGCUUCAGCCUCUUUCAGUCUCUGCGUGCCUGCAGGAACCAGGUUGCGAGAGCGGCAGCAGCAGGUAGUGAUGUGAUCCAGCCUCCACCCCUGGCCUAUAAGAAGUGGGGUCUGCAGGACAUGGACAUCAUUGUGGACCACAGUAGUGUGGGCAUUAUGACGCUGUCUGUGUUUGACCAGAUGAAGAAUGCAUCCAUCCUGGGGGGGUUUAAUGCUUCUGUCAAGGGCAGCCCGCCUGCCAUGAGCCAGUAUGUCACUGUGGGAGGUGGGCCAUACACGGGCUUUUACUAUGCGGUAGAGGGAAGCUCCCAGCCUCUGCUCUCCCAUGUGGCAAUGGCUGUAGCCAGUAAACUCACCUCAGCCCUCUUCAGUGCUGCCAGUGGAUGGUUAGGUUGGAACAAGAACAAGAAUGAAGAGGAGGUUGUUCAGAAACAGAAGCCCAAGGUUGAACCUGCAACACCUUUGAGUAUCAGAUUCGGCCUCCCAGACUCUCGUCGCCAUGGCGAGUCCAUCUGUCUGUCCCCUUGCAACACGCUGGCAGGAGUGACGGAUGACUUUGGUCGAGUCACGCUGCUUGACUUGGCCAGGGGCAUUUCUAUUCGGAUGUGGAAAGGUUACAGAGAUGCUCAGCUGGGUUGGCUGCAGGUUGCAGAGGAGCGAGGCGAUCGGGAGUUAUCCCCCUCCGCCUCACUGCCCAGACGCCAUGCUCUGUUUCUGGUUAUCUACGCCCCCCGCAGGGGUAUCCUGGAGGUGUGGGCGAUGCAGCGGGGGCCGCGAGUCGGCGCCUUCACUGUGGGCAAACACUGCAGGUUGCUGUAUGCUGGCUACCGUUUGAUGGGAGUGAACAGUGUGACCAGUCAGGGCUAUCAGUUCCACACCCAGCAGGUGUGUCUGCUGGAUCCCAUCACAGGAGCGUUGCGGACAGUGAACAUCCCCUUCCACCUGGCCCUCAGUGACAAGAAAAGCGAACGAGCCAAAGAUAUGCACCUGUUAAAGAAACUCACUACUAUACUAAGGAGCAGAGAUGUGGACCCUGAAAUCUUGGAGAGCGAAGCCAAAAGCGUGAUGCUGGAUAUCAAACACCCUGCCAUUAAGAAGCAGGCUCUGGAAUCUCUGCUGUCAAAUAAGAAUGCUCCUGUCUCAUGUCUUAUUAACAUCACAUGCGCCUUAAAUGACAGUCUGAAGCAACAAGACCCUGAGGAAGUGGAUACACCAUUACUUCAUUUCUGCUCUUCACAACUAAAAUUGCUUCAGCUUUACAAAGAUAUUCAGCACCUGCAUUCUGCAGCAAACAUAGAGACACACUCUGAAAAUGACUCCCUUGAAGGUUUGGAAGAUGAAUUGUCCCGUGUUGGUCCCACCUUACAACGCUACGCUGAGCUCACCUCGAGACCAAGUGUUUCCUUUGCCCAGGAUUCGCCUGACACACCCCUGCCUGCCCAAGCCUUUCUCUCCCAAAUGCAGUGCACUGAGGAGGGGGAGUUGAGGGUGAUCCGCGUGUCGGAGGCUGAUUGGAAUCAGCUAGGGAACUUUAUGUUCUGGGGUUGUCUUUGUGAAAAAAGCCCACUUCACAAAGUGUGUGACACACUGCAGCAGGCUGGCAUCAGUCCACAGCAGCUACUGUCUCUUCUGCUAAGUGUAUGGCUGCAAAGAGAGAAGGAGAUGCUACAGAAACCACAAGACACUGUUAAAAACUUACACGCACUGCUCAUCGCCCUCAGCAACAUGAAAGGUGCAGUUGAGGAGUCAUGGGACCCCCAGUCUAUCUCACCCUGGUGGCAGCAAGUUCGCAGCACCUGCAUCCAGUCCCACAAUGCUGCCGCCGCUUUGCUGGCUGCCUUUGUUGCUCACCGUGCUGCUAAGGCUAGCAUCGCGAGCCGGGCUGACAGCAAGUUGCAGUCAGAAUGGGAGGCCGUGUCCCUAGAGCUGGAGCAGUGGGUGGUGUGCGUUCGCCAGCUAGAGGAUGUGUUGGUGCUGCAGACUCUGCUGUUUGUGCCUCCUCCUCCUGGAGCAGCAGGGGGUGCUGCAACACAGUGCUCCAUCAAAACACUACUAGAAGGAGGCACAGGUGGCAUUGCCGACAGUGUCUCCAAGUGGGUCUUCAGGCAAAAUUUGGCCCCUGAGCGACUUAAGGAAAUUGUGCGAAAGAAAGAAGACAAAGAGGAAGAUGUCAAACAAGACGAGAACCCAGGAGAAGAAAGAAAGGAGGAGCAGAAGGAGAAGAGCCAAGAGGGCACAGACAGGACAGCAGAGCUGUUGGUGGCAGUGUGUCAGAGGUUCCCACACUCCCUCUCACCUGACUUGCUCUUCGCCCACUGCUGCUGGGAAUAUGUCGUGCAGUGGAACAAAGACACUGAGGAGGGUCGUUACUUAUGCUGGGCUGUGGAACAUUUGAAGCUGGUCUCCAGUCCACAUAUCCAACUAGGUAUUUCAACAAUGAUGUGGAGUACGUUCAUUGUCAAGCGUUUGUCAGCAGCAGCCUUCCUCAUGGAGAAAGUGGGGAAAGCACCUAAAGAUCGCUUAUGUCGACGGGAUGUCGGGAUGGGAGACAAAGCCGUGACGACUUUCCUGGCCUGCUGUGUCCAGCUGCUGCAGAUCCUCAUGGAGGUGACUGGAGUAUUGGUUAAAAAUCAAUGCCCUUUGUCUUUUAUAAAUUACUAUGCGGACGCAGCGGUGGAGGAGGUUUCUGCCCCGGAGCUGUCAGUGGAGGAGGCGUGGUAUGGAGCGGAGGGUCCUGCGUCCAUAGCUGACCUCGCCCUGGAGCAGAAAGGUGUCCACUACCCCCUGGUGCAACACCACUGCCUGUUAGCCUCCCUGCUACAUGCUGCUAUGACCUUCAAUGUGAAGGUCAAACCACUCAGCCUGUUUGAUAGCAAGGGUAAGAAUGCUUUCUUCAGAGAUCUAACAACCAUCCAACUGAUGCCCAGCGGAGACAUGGACCCAGGCCUGGUCUCACAACGGCAAGAGUUCCUCCUCCGGGUGCUGACUGGAUGGGUGCAGGCUAUAGAUGAUUCAUCCGGGUCAGCGUCUGGCACCACGUCGCUUCCUCUUCCCUCCAGUGGCCCCAAGGCUGACUGGUGGCCCUCGCUGUGUCUGGAGCUGGGCCACCUGCUGCAAGUCAACGCCGACAUCCUGAGACGGCACCUCGUCUGCGAGCUCUACAACCAGGGCCUGGACUCCCGGGCUGAAGAGGUGAUGUUAGAGGUGGAAGACAAGGAUGUGCUGGGCUCUCAGCUGCUGGUGCUGACUGGCCAGAGGAUGAGCUACUCGCUGCUGCACAGCCAGAGCCAGACUCAGGCUGCCAUGGAGCUGCUGGCCCGCCUGCCCCCGACCCUCUGCACGUGGCUCAAGGCUAUGGACCCCAGUGAGCUGCGGUGCCCCCUGGUCCCCCUGUCGCAGACCAGCAGGCUGGUCGGCCGUCUGAUUGAAAUCCUCCCAGAGAACCACGCCCAGUACAGCCUGGCCCUGCACCUUCUGGAAGCUGUGGAGGUCCUCACUGCUGAGGACUGACUCUGAGAGGGAGGGAGGGAGGGAGGGAGGGAAGGAGGGUGGAGAAACCUUUGAAGGCAAUAGUGGACAGACUGAGAGAUCCUAAGUCCUAAGAGAGGAAAAAACAAACAAACAGAAGUGCUCUGGAGUUCGACGGAGGCACGAUAAACAGCCUUCUCACCCUCUAUCGUCAUUAAUCAUGGAGAGCUUAUGUGUUUUAUUGUUCAGCUCAUACUAAUGCGAUGAAUUCGUCCUCGCAACACAAUAAUAGGCUUUUAACUUUUUAUUAAUUGAUCAUAUUUUUGUGCAUGUAACAUAAAAUAUAUCAAAUACUUGCGUUAUUGGAGAGUACUGUUUGCAGAUACGCUAACAGAUGGUUAUUAAGAAGUGGGGCAUGUCUUUCCUUUGUCACGUCACCUUCCACCCUUUUCAGUCUGAUUAACUUUAAAAAUCAGAUGUCAUUGUGUGGAUGUCAUAACGUGUGCCAUAUCAGAGUUCUGUUUGACAUUUCUCCUUCCUCUAUCUCUCUCAUAGACAAGAGGUGUAUAAGAGAAAUAUGGACCUUAUUUUUUAUUUAUAUAUGCAGACAGUACUGUACUAGCUGUGCCUGUACACCUCCUAUUCUGUAGUCCCAAGUUCAGUUGCUUCUGCUGAGCUGCUCCAGAGCAGAAUAAAGAGGUUUCUCAACAGCUUA